CACCAAGUCAUGGGCGAAGAGAUGCUUUGAUAUAUGCAUUGCCAAUUGUGGGUGUGGUUGUGAUUGCAUUGAUUUUAGUGGCUUAUCAAGUGAGGAGACGCCAGAACAGACAAGGAUAUCUUGAAAGUAAAUAUGAUGCAGACACCGGAGCAAUUACUAUGCAGACAGGUCACCAGCCAACUUCUCAGGAGGAUUAUACAGGACAGACUGACCAGCAACAUAUUAUGACUAGUUCCAAUGGAAACGACAACAGAAAUGCAACAUCUGGUUUCCAGCCUCUGAUGUCUGGAAAUGGUCCUCCUCAGAAUAUAAUAACAGUCCCACCUCCAGCUUAUGAUGUUGUUGUGGACAAGAAACAAUGAUUCUGGCCAGAUUGAGGGAGGGACAUCAUGGCAACACUAGAGUAUUUUAUUCAUUGUUGUUUUGAUUGGUAUAAAUGUAAGCAGACUACCUCAAAUGAAAGAAUUGUGAUAUUAAUGUUGUACCUUUACAAAAAAAACUACAUACAUUGCAUAUGCAAUUUGAACAUAUUCAUCAUUUCACCUUUAUUUAGCUUAAAGAAGGGAAGAUUAUGACAGGCAAACUACUUUUGGUGCUAAAUAUUAGUUAUCAAGAUAUUUUUUAAAAUGUGUUUUUGUCAAAUUAUCUUAAAAAUGUCAGAUUACCCAGAUUAGUCAAUCACAUUUCAGUAUUUUGGGAAAAAAUCAUCAUUUCAAAGUUUUAUUGAGUCUGAUGAGAAGCUUUUUAUUUUGCUUGUUUCAUUGAAGUGGCAUAAUGCCCGUCCAAGAAUCAACUCUUAGUCAAUUGCCACUAUAAAAGCCAGUCUUUUGAAAUAUAUACAAUGUAAUCAAUUAAGCUCAACUUGACAAUGAAAAUAUGAGCAUAACGUCAGUUGAAUCUUUUAGUCAAUUUUAAUUUUUGUUAUGAAUAGUUUUAUAUUUAAAUGACUGUUUAAAGUAUACAAAGUCUGAUAUUACAUUAUGAUAUUACAUUGUAUUCCUUUAUAAUGCAUUCCAAAAUUUUAUAUUCUUAUAUGAUAUGUAUUUUUUGUGAAACCUCCUUAACAAAAUUGUGGGAUAGAUGGGAGGGGCAAUGUUAAGGCAUCAAAUUUACUGGAUUGUCAUUCUUACUUCUGUCCAUUACUUUAUCCAUUUCUCAUAGGUGCUAAAUUAGUUACUGUCGUCUUAAAUAUUUUAUAUGACACUAUCAUUUUUUGAACUUUAUCCAUUAAUCAAGGCCAAAAUCAUUAAACUGAAAGAAGACUUUUAGUUUAUUAUCUUUGUUAGAGUUGUAUAAGUUAGCAUGCACCAGUGUCGCAAACAUUUUUAUUUAUGUCAUGUUAAACUUGUUUUUAGAUUUAACUGAUAACAAAGCUAGAGCUUGAAAUAAUUAUCUAUGCACAUGUUUAAUGAAGGUUCCAUUUUUAGCUCACCUGUAACAAAGUGACAUGGUGAGCUUUUGUGAUCACUUUUCGUCCGGCGUCUGUCUGGCGUCCAUAAACUUUUAUUUUAAACAACAUCUCCUCAGAAACUGCUAAGCCAAUUUCAUCCAAACUUCAUAGGAAUGGUCCAUUGGUGGUCACCUUAAAAAAUUGUUCAACGAAUUUAAUGAAACAUUGUCUGAUGAGUGUCUAUCAAGUUUGUUCAAAUAAAAGCCCUGGGGUCAAAAUUUGCUGUGCCCCGGGGGUCAUUGAUUUUCCUUAUAUGUAUAUAGUAAAAACUUUUAAAAAUCUUCUUUUAAAAACCCAAAGAGUUAGAGCUUAGAUACUAAGCAUGAAACAUCUUUUGGUGAGUGUCUACCAAAUUUGUUCAAAUAAAAGCCCCAGGGUUGAAUUGGCCCUGACCUGGGGGUCUGGUUUUCCUUAUAUGUCUAUAGUAAAAUCUUCAAAAAUCUUCUUGUAAAACCCCCAAAGAGCUAGAGCUUAGAUAUUUAUCAUGAAACAUUUUCUAAUGUGUGUUUACCAAGUUGGUUUUCCCGCCCCAAGGGCCUAUAUACAGGUGAGCGAUUUCAGGGCCAUCAUGGCCCUCUUGUUAGAUUAUAAUUUGAGUGUUGUAAAUUUAGAGAAAAAAAAUGUUUUGAAAGCAUAAAUAAUUUGUUACUGCCUUAAUUAUUCUAUUUUGUUAGAGAUUGAUUGUAAACAUUGUAUCACAGUAUAUCCAGUUUUUAUGUCCUUACAGAGACAUAGAUAACAGAGAUAAGCAGCUCCUUUAUACUCAGCUGAAAUAUCACUUAUGCCUAUCAAAAAGUGAAAAAUUAGGCAUUUUGUAGCAAAUAAAACUUAAUGGAUGUACAAUUUAUCCUUUUAUAUUAUAUACUAUUUGAAAGGUAAAUCUUUUAUCUAUUGCUGCAUGUUAAAAUAUUGGUAACUUUUCAUGCCUUUUGCUUAGAAAAACAUGGCAGAACAUACCCAUUGAGCCAGUUUAGUUUUUUGUCAUAUGAAUGAUUUUGUAACAAAAAUUAUUAGUAGUUCUCUUCAAAAAAUAAUGUAACAUUUAUUUAAAUGGGAACUGUAAAUAUUUUUACCUUCAGCCAUAUACAAAUGCAUAAGCUUUCAGAAAAUGUAUUAUUGUACUGACUUUAAUAUCUAGUUAAUAAGUUUUACUUGCUACAAGUUUUAAGUUAAGCAGGCACACGUGAUAUUUUAACUGGCUAGGAAGUUGCCCAUCUCUGUUAUCUAUGUCUCUGGUCAUUACUUCCAAAAAAGAAAAGGAAAAUUCUGAUAUAAUACUAUCAUGAGUAAUAUUGCUUACUAACAUUACUUGGCUUUAAUAGAAGAAAGUAUGUUAAUAUCCCACUGUAACAGGAAAAAGGUGUUGGGGAAUAUGUGUCCUAUGAAAACAUUUCUAGUUGUUUCUAUUAUUGCAGCAGUACUAUAGUUAGUUGAAUUGCUAAUUAAAGUAUAACCUGUUAGUAAGUUAGUGUGUAUAUUUUCUUUUAAGAGUUUCAUUGAUUUAGUUACAGACAGUUUACACAAAUAAAAGUUAUAACACUAAGUCUUGUUCAGCCUUCGAGUCUGUGUAGUGAAGAACCUACACUUUAUUUAUAUGAAAAUUCAUUACAAUGCAGUGAUCAGAAAAUAAUCAGAUAAUUCAUUCAAUUUGUUUAUGGAAUUUACUAUGAUAUUUAAAGCACAAUGUUAUCUUACAAUCACAGACCUCUCUGACAGUUUAUAUCCCGGCACAGAAUGUAAAUUAUGGUGUGAGUAUAGACAAAUUAUUCCAUAGAUGAAUACAGAAGUCAUUAUGAUUGAUUUGUUGGUGAAUUAUUCUUCAUUAAACAUGUAUAUUUCUGAAUGAUGUAUCAUUUUAUAAGUAAGUUGCAGAAUAUCAGAUCAUUUUAUAAGUAAGUUUCAGAAUAUCAGAUAAUAUAUGUUUUGAACAAAUUUAACCAAUUGGCCUAUUUUCCGAUUGUGUUACCUCUGUUUUAAAUCAUUGUUCUUAUACACAGGACUGCAUGAUUGAAUAUAAUGAGACACCAUUUUUAUAUCAUACAAGGUCAUACUUAAAGAAGAAAGAAAGAAAUUUAUUAGUUUUUCAAAAAUGUUAACAUGUUCAUAUUCAUUUUCUUUGAUUCUCAGGAAAAAAAAUCAAAUUUGUUUUAUUUGUUAAAAGUUGUUUCUGUUUUAAAUUUUUGAUUUAAUAUGUAUCUAUUUUGUUAUUAAAUUAGGAUUUACUAUCACCUUGCUCAUAUCCUGCCAUGUGUUUAAUGUCUUUUUCAAAUUUGAAUAAUGAUCACAGAUUUCAUUGAAUCAGUGAUGAUUUUUUUUUAAAUAUUUUAUAUACAGUAUCUACCUCAUUUAUACAAUUUUAAACAUUUUUAUGAUCAACCUUUUAGUAUGUAUAUAUGAUUUUAUUGAUAAAUAUUCCCUUUUUACAUAAUAUGUUGCAAAAAAAUUAUAGAUGUACAGUAUUGAUCCUUUUAGAAUCAAAAAGUUAAGUGCAAAGGUAGAUUUUGGUGUGUUAGUAUAUAUUCUAACACGACCUGCAUUUUUCUCCAUAGAAGAACCAAAAGUGUGUUAUUAUGCAAUAAAAUCACAACUUGACAUUCUAUAUUUAGACACGUGACAUAAUCAUUCCACACGUGACAUAACCACUAAAAUUGUGACGUGCUGAAAAUAAGCACGGAAACAAAUCAGGGGCAAUAUAUAGCCGAGGUCAAUAUGACUUUCUACCAGUGAAUAUCACAUCAUAUUCAAUGGCUCACUAGUCAAUAAUUGUUUUAUUAUAUGAAUAGGCUAAGAAAUCAAAAAAAAUCACAAAAAGUACAACCUUAUAUACAUGUACAAAUUUUGCCUCGUUGAAGCGCGGGAAAAAAGACGCACGUGUUAGGCGUGCAACGACUUCACGAACGCUGCGCAUACAAAAGUAAUUCAAGUUUAUACUAUUGUGGUGUAGCCUUUAAGUAAAAUGGUAAUGUAUUGAUAUUUUAAUCGAGAAAUAUGCCAUAAAGAACAAAAAGGAACAAUCAUUUUUUAAGUAACACGCGUAUUUAACAGUCUACAGUGUAUGAUCAUUGAAUAUGAGUCUCAAUCUAUUUUUAGACUGGGAAUAUCCAAUUCAGCCAGUGAAUAUGAUACUACACCCAGUAAAUAUGAUUUUAUAAAAAGUUCUGUUGACUACUGUUUGGACCAAUGAGAUUGCAGAUAUAUUUAGAUCAUAUAAUAAAGGCUAAUAUCAGGUAUGGCAGCAUUUAUUUGUUGAUAACGUGUUACCUAGAAUCGAAAUGAUAUAUCCAAAACAGUGAUUUUAUUCCUUGAUUGCAUCACUGUUUGUCGUUCGGAUGCACAUCAUUAUAUCACUCCGACUUGGUCCUCGUAAUAUAAUUCCUCUCAUCUCACCUCCAAACAGUGAUAUUAUUGAGCGAUAAAAUCACUGUUUUGGAUAUAUUAUUUCUUAAAUGUUUCUGGGUUAACUCAGUGUAUCAAACUGUGACAUGCUUCAAGGAGAUGAUAUUGUGUCUAAUAUCUAAACUGGAAAUCAAUUGAAGAAAAAAGAGUUAUAUUUUUAUAUAAUACGUCCAGAGAUAUAUUUUGUAAUGUACAUGGUUGUCUAUGUGUUAAACUUUAGCUCCACACAAGUGUUAGUUAUAUUCAUGAUACUUUUAUCAAAUGUUUACCUCAUUGAUUUUACUGAGAACCUGCGUUUUUGAUGUCCUACUUUAGGCCAAGGUCACAUUUUAACCCCAGGAAUCUUGUGUGUUUUUAAAGGGACUCCACUGAGGUUUUUUUGACAUGAUGGGACUGAAAAUAUUUUUUCCAGACAAAUGUACCAUUUGAUGUAGGUUAAGACCACUAAUCUUUGUGCAAAAUUUUAGAUCAUUCGCGCAAUUCGUUUUUCCAGAAUGAUUAUUCAAAUUGUAAAA